AUGCUCGCUGACGGAGAUGCGGACGGGAUUCCGAUUCUGAUUGGCGUGAAGGAGCCGAAGAAAGAAUCUAAGAGUAAGAAAGCUGAGGAGGAAUCAAAGAAGGCAUCCGGGGAAGGCGGGGGGAAAGACGACAAGGAGAAGGAGAAGGGGAAGGAUAAGGGUGAGGAGAAGCGAGAGGAGAAGGGAAAAUCCGGAGGAAAGGAGGGAGACGUGGGAGCAGGGACAGGAGACCGGAAAGCAGGGAAGGAGAGCGCGAGUGCGGCGGAUGAUAACCCGGAUCAAUACGAAGGGGAGGAGGGCGAUGGCGCGCAGAAGAAGGCGAAAGGCGGCGGGAGAAAAGGAGGCAAAGGCGAGAACGUGGGCGAAAUGAUGGAGAAGAUUCUAGAAAGACUGGAUGACAUGGAAGGCGAGGGGGGGAAGUUCAACGAAACCCUAGAAAAGCAGGAGGCGGUUCUGGAGACAGUGGCGCGGGUGGGGAAGCACCACGUUCACGAGAAGGAGGAGAAAGAGCGCGAGGAGCGAGAGAAGCAAGAGCAGGAGGAGGCGGAGAGGGAAGCGGAGCUGAAGGCGAAGCAGGAGGCGGAAGCAGCUGCUGCUGCGGCAAAGAACAGCUGGGACGGAGGGGUGACUGGUGGUGGAGAGCGGUCGUUUUUCGAUAUUCUCCUGGGGAUAGAUGCUGUGCCGCCACCUCCGCCCCCGCCGCGCCCCACCCCUAAGAACGUCACUAAAGCGUCAGCUAGAAACGAGACCAAGAAAGAGCAGGAGGCGGAGCAGGAGGACGAGAAGGACGUUCCUAGGCUCAUAGACUCCCAGGAUAACGAAUACGUUAUAAGCAGCCCCGGUAAGGGGUCGAAGAUGCAGCUACAGGAGGAUUUCACCCUCAUUUCGGACAUUGUGAAGGUGAUAGUGGCGGCGGCGCUGGGCGGGCUGGCGUGUGGGCUGAUGGGGCAGCCCAUCAUCCUGGGAUACAUCGUUGCUGGCAUGGCCAUCGGCCCGGGCGGGCUGGGGCUCAUUCACGAGCUAGUACAGGUAAGUAGGAUUACCACAUGUGGUGUUACAGGGCGGUGGGUGCUAGGAGGCCUGGCGUGUGGGCUGAUGGGGCAGCCAAUCAUCCUGGGAUACAUUGUCGCUGGCAUGGCCAUCGGCCCGGGCAGGCUGGGCCUUAUCCACGAGCUCGUGCAGGUGGAAACCCUAGCCCAGUUUGGAGUCGUCUUCCUGCUGUUCGCCCGGGGGAUCGAGUUCAGCCUCGCCAACGUGCAGGGCGUGCACAACGUGGAAACCCUAGCGCAGUUCAGGGUGGUGUUCCUGCUCUUUGCCCUGGGGGUGGAGUUCAGUCUCGCCAAGGUGGAAACUUUAGCCCAGUUCGGAGUGGUGUUUCUGCUGUUCGCCCUGGGGGUCGAGUUCAGCCUCGCCAAGAUGCAGGGGGUGCACAACGUGGCGCUGGGCGGCGGAGUGCUGCAGAUCGCAAUUGCCAUGAUUCUGGGCGGCAUCUUCAGCUCCAACACGCCGCAAGGGCUCUUCAUCGGCGGCUUCCUAUCAAUGUCAUCUACAGCCGUGGUGCUCAAGUGCCUGGUGGACAUCAACGGCUUCAACUCUGAGCACGGCCAGAUCAUGCUCGGCACGCUCAUUGCACAGGACUGCGCCCUCGGGCUCCUCCUCGCAAUAAUGCCGGCGCUCGCCGCCCGCCCUGCAUCGGCCUCGGCCAUCCUACUGGCCCUGGUGCGCGAGCUGCUCAUCCUGCUCGCCUUCUGCCUCGUUGCCUGGGCGCUCUCCCGCCUGCUCGUCCCGCGCUUCCUGCGCCUGCUCGUGCGCGUGUCAAGGGGCAACAACGAGCUGUACCAGCUGGGCAUCAUGGGCAACUGCCUGUGCGUGGCUCUGCUCUCCGAGUAUCUUGGGCUGUCGCUAGAGGUCGGGGCGUUCAUUGCCGGCCUCAUGCUCUCAGGCGGCACAUACAGCGAGAGAACACUGCACCAGGUGGAGCCGGUGCGCAACAUGUUUGCGGCGCUCUUCCUGGCGUCCAUAGGCAUGGUGAUGCACCCCAUGUUCCUCUGGCAGCACAAGGACAUCUUGCUCCUCGCGCUUGCGGUUGUUUUCCUGGGGAAGACGCUGCUCGUUGCUCUCGUGCACAAGGACAUUCUGCUGCUCGCCCUCGCCGUCGUCUUUCUGGGCAAAACACUUCUCGUUGCUCUCGUGGUAAGAGAGGGAGUGGGUGGGUGGGCAUGCGGUGGGCAUAGCACUGAUGCAGAUAAGGGAGUCAUUGAGUCAUCUUUUCCUCUCUCUCUUCUCUCCACCCCUUCCCCAUUGCACCCAUUCAACAGCGCAGGCACAGCAGCAGCGGUGGGAAUAGCCCUGGCGCAGAUAGGAGAAUUCUCCUUCGUCCUCCUCUCGCGAGCGCAAACGCUGAAGCUGGUGGGGCACAAGCUGUACCUGCUGCUCAUGGGCACCACGGCGCUCUCCCUCGUGCUCACGCCCUUCGCCUUCAAGCUCGUGCCGCGCCUCGCCGCCAUUGGCGCCCACCAGGACCGCGCUCGCCUCAUGCUCAAGAACAAGAGGGCAGUGUGGAGAAUCGAGGAGGCUCGGGAGCAGGUCCGGGAGGUGGCUUGGCUGGAGCAGGUUCAGGAUCUGGCUCCAUGGUUGCAUCAGGCUCAGCAAGCGCAGGAUUGA